CUCCAUCGCGGGGUGAUUCCGACCAGUAUGAUGAACAACACAGAUUCUGUUAUUAAUGAGCCUCUCAGUCUUGGCCACUGAGGGCGAGAGUAAGUGCGGAAUCAUAUCACGGUCCAGAACGUAUAGCGCUUUUUCCUCUCCCAGACUACCGCCCCUCACUCUCUUCACCCAUCUUCACCAUCAUGGAUCCAUCUGAUGUUGAUGUGCCUCCACUGAAGAACCUAACAAUCGAUAACAUAACAGAGAAUGUUAAGCUCAUCAACUCUCGCUGUCCGAAUCCAAGACUCAAAUACAUUCUUGAAAGAGUGGUCCAACAUCUGCAUGACUUUGCAAGAGAGACACGACUAAGCCACGAUGAGUGGAUGACUGGGUUGCUGUUCCUAACAUCAGUCGGCCAAAUAUGUACAGAUGUUCGGCAGGAGUUCAUCUUACUAUCGGAUAUACUUGGCCUCUCUCUCCUCGUUGACAGCAUUGACCACCCGAAGCCACCACAAAGCACAGAAGGCACAGUCUUAGGACCGUUCCACUCCCAUGAAGCACAAGUGGAACCGAACGGUGCUCAAAUCGCCCAUGACCCUGAUGGAGAACCUUGUCUAGUCCUGUGUGAUAUCAAAGACACCCACGGGAAGCCGAUCGAAGGCGUUAAGAUCGACAUAUGGGAGACGGAUAGCAAAGGCUUUUAUGAUGUGCAAUACCCUGGCAGAGAGGGGCCGGAUCAACGAGCUGUGAUGCACAGCGACAAGGAGGGUGUCUUCUGGUUUAAGGCUAUUGUGCCCGUACCGUACCCUAUCCCGCAUGAUGGACCUGUUGGCAAGUUGCUGGUCCAACUGAAGAGGCACUGCUACCGACCAAGCCAUAUGCACUUCAUGUUCGCUAAGGAAGGCUAUGACCAUCUCAUAACUGCCUUGUAUCUUCGCGGAGACCCCUACGAGACUUCCGACGCAGUCUUCGGCGUUAAGGACUCCUUGCUGAUCGACUUAGGCACGGUGAACAAGGACCAAGCGUCGAAGUAUGGUGUCAAUGAAGGAGGCAAAUUGAUAACAUACAACUUCGUGCUCGUCACGGAAGAAGAGUCGCGCAAGCUGCGUGAAAAGAACGCAAUGGACGCCAUGCACAAGCUGGGUCGCAGUAUGAAGUUGUGGAACGGCUUGCCCAUUCCGGAUGCUGAUUGAUGUAUAUGUCUAGCGAGUUCGAAACCCAGCAAUCCU